AUGUCAACUCCAUAUAAAAGUUUUCCUUUCAUAUCAUCUAUUAUAUCACCACCACCAUCUCCUAAAAAAUAUCCGAUCAUUCUUCCUCCUCUGAAAUUUCCUUUUGAAUUUAGAAAUGAUGAUACCGUCGAUUCUACAUCUCUUGAAUCGGCAAAGCAACAAAAUGCAGUUGAAAAUUCUUUUCUCCCUCCUAUAAAACAACAAAGUAAAUACCGGAUGCGUUUAUUAGAUGCUCCGACUGAUCUCUUGGACUAUAUUGAAAAAUCGAAACCAACAACUCGAACUCCACCAUCACAUUGUCUUUCUAGAUUCUCUUUGUCUAACGCAAAGUCUUCUCCCCUUGAGUUGAAUCAUGUAGCUCCUCCGUUAACUCUUGGUGGUAACAUUUCAUCAUAUCCUAUUGCGAUGCCUAUUAAUCAAGAUAAAAAUGAUCUAACCACUCAUAAGAUCUCGGCUGGUCGUAAUCGAAAUACUCGUAAGAAUCCUUAUCCUCUUAGAGCACCUACUAUGAGUUCUCCAGGAAUAACCUUUAAAGUUGAUAUGUACACACCCGUUUUAAAAGAUCCUUUGGCGAUUUUACGCAGUAAUGAAGAACCUAAAAAUAAUACUAGUACAUCAGAAUUUUUUGGAAUGUUGUCUCCACCAGCAUCUGAACAAUGCGAAUCACAACCUUCUUCUCCUCCAGCUGAAGAUGCAAACUUUAAAAUUCAAGAGUCAAAUUCAUUACCAGUUCGUCAAUUAUUACCAAGAAAACCUAAACGUCCCAAGAACACUCAAACCAAGCGUUCAGUUCGAAUACCUCCACCACCUUCAAUGCAAUUUGACGAAUUAAUGUCUAGCAUCAAUGCGCUUAGUCUCGACACUAGUAUUUUAGAAAAGAUGUCACCAGAAAUUACUUGGAAGGGUCAACCGUUAUCUAUCGCACAUUUACCUCAUUAUGAUGCUUUACAUCCUACAGAAGCACAUGUGGUAUCU